UUUCACAUUUCACAAAUGCAGACCUCAGUCUUAGCGUUGUUGCUAAAAGUAUCACAGAUCAAUUUCGAACUUUCCGACAGCCCUUGAAGGCUUCGUACUGAAGCUAGCAGGUUAGCUUAGCAUUUCGCCAGGAACAAUAAUUCGCUACUCCUGUUUAUGCAGCGAUGAAUGACUUGGUUAACUGUUCCUGUUCAGUGUAGAAAUGGAUAAAGAGGACCCACGGCUUAAUUAAGCCCAAGCGAACACACGGCAGGCCAUCUAUCACCGGCACAAAUGGACGUUGGUGAGUAUGUUUUAUCGGCCGGCAGGGCCGUGCUGGACAUGGUGGAGCGGGAGUGGCAGCCCCUGUCCCCGGGCGAGCUGGAGCAGCGGCUGGACCAGGCGGUGGAGGAGAUCUUGGAGUCUGAUCUGAUGGCAAAACUCAAGAAUCAGUCUCCUCCCACCAUAUACGUACAGUUACUGCAAAGUCAAGCUAAUGUGCAGCCCCAAGUUUUACAGGCGGCCACGUCCGGUCCCCCUGAAGAGGAGACAGCGGAGCCCCGAGAACCGGAGCGCCCUGUGGACAGCGCUGCAGUGAAGCACAUCGCAGGCCUGCUACAAAGCUCGAAAUCCGGGGCUCGGCUGGCCGGACGGGCUCACUUGUCCCUGUCCCACACUGUCCAGCUGUCCCUCACUCUGCUCACUGAGCGUGUCAGCUACCGCUCGGUGUCCCGUCGCUUCCAGCUGGAGAAAGGAAACAUCCACAGGAUUUUCUUUUCUUUCUGCGAGCGCGUCAACAUGCUGGAAGAGACGCUGAUCAGAUGGCCGGUCGGCACAGAGGCUGUGGAUGCUCUUGUCCCACUUCGCAGUCCAGAGAAGGAGCAGGAGGAGCAGCAAGGCGUCCCUCGGGUCCUGGGCGUGUUGGGACACACCCGCAUCCCUAUCCGCCUGCCAAUAGGGAAACACGAUGUGGAGAGCACAGCGCCUGAGGUGAAGAGGAUGAAGAGGGAGGCCCAUCCCGACUCCUGGCUAAACCUUCAGCUCGUAUGUGACGGACAGGGCCGGUUCCUACACUGCAGAAUCAGCAAAGGGUCAGAUGUGGACAGAGGCGCCGCUUUGAGAGAGAAACUCAAACAGCAACCCGAACUGCUGCCCUCUGGCUCCUGCCUCGUGGCCAGAGCCGGCUAUCCGCUCACCGCCCACAUUUUAACUCCCUACACAGGAAGUCACGGACCGCGAGAGGAGCUCUUCAACAAGAUGCUGGAGGAGCACCUUCGCAUUCUGGAUCAGGCUGUUGCCAACCUGAGAGCCAGAUUUCAGCGGCUCAGGUAUCUGGAUAUUGGGAACUAUGAUCGAGCCAGAGCCGUGGUCCUGACUGCCUGUGUGUUGCACAACGUGUUUUUGGACUUGGGACAAGUUGUUCAGGGAGAAGUUGCGAAAGAGGAAGCAAUAACCCAAGAAGGAGAGGGGAAGGUCGAGGAGGAGGGCGUAAACAGACGCGACGCCAUCGCAGAGUUACUGUUUAAAGACUUUGAUUCUGGGAGCACAUGAUGCGAUGAGGCCCGCUGGAAGAUUUCUGUAAUAUAAAGGUUUAUUUUAACAAAA